AAUAGAUAAUAUUUAUUAAUUCAAAUUUCAAAUUUAUUAUAAAUAUGUGUAAAAAAUGUUUUUAAACCAUGUAGAAAAGUGAUUUUUAUUUUUUAUUUUAAUAUUGAUUAAAUAAAUUUCAAUAUUAUAUUUUUUUUUUUUCUGUAAAAGCAAUAAAAUAUUAAGUUUAAAUUAUUUAAUGGUUACUGAUAUUAUUUUAACAUAGCAAUUGUAGAUUUCUGUCUGGUUAAAACUAUCAAAUUAAUAGUAAGUAGGUAAAUGUCUCAAAUUAUUUUGUUGUUUUAGUAGAAAUCAUGAAUUCAAUUAAAUUUCUAUCAAUUUACUAUCAUUAUUUGUUGUAGUAAUGUACAAUUAUAUGUAUUAUAUAUAGCCGUAUAGAUACAUUGUAAUAUCAAGAAUCUUGGCGCAUAAUAUGGAAUUAAACUUUUCAGAUUAUAGAAAAAGUUUUACUUCUAGUUUAAAAAAUUAUUUGAUUUAUGGUACCUGUCUGUAUAAUUAUUAUUUCAAUUUUAAUUUUUAUAUUUCAAUUAUAAUUUAACCUAUUUAUGAUACUGUUUAGAAUACAAAUAAAAUUACUGAUUUAUUAACAAAUUCGUUUUUAGAUAUAAAGGUAUUGUAAUAAAUCAAUUUGAGGUAUUUUUUAUUAAUGAAUAGGUAUAUGUCUUAUUUUUAAAAAUAACUUUUAAGCAAUUAUUUUAUUAAAAUUUUACACUUUUGUUCUAGAAUGUGAUAAGACCUCAAAUUUUAUUAUUACCAAAUUGGUCUUAUUUUUUACUUGACGAGUUGCAUACUUACCACAAUUGUUUCAGAUACACAUAAUUAAAGUCUGGAAUUUUAUUCCCUUAAAACACAAAAUAUGAUUCUUAUAUUUUUUAAAAAAAAAAACAAUGUUCUCCUAUAUUCUCUUAAAAAUUAAAAAAACAUUCAAACAUAAUCAAUGUGCAUCAAUUUCAUAUGCUUUAUAUUUUUGUAAUUUUUUUAUUUUAAAACUCAAAAUGAUAAAAAAAAUAUGUGUAUGUACCUUUAUAAUGGUUGUUAAAUAAUUCGAAAAUAAUUUUUCAGGUACAUCAAAAUUAAAAUUAAUAUUCAUAAUAAUUCAAAAUUACAAUAAAUUAUUAUUAUUUUCUAACAAUUUAUGAAAUAUUCCAAAAUACGCUAAAUGUACUAAAUAUUCUAUAAAACUUUUUAAAAAUACUUAAAUAUGAAAAUAAACUUCCUGUGAACUCUGUGUUAAACGAAUUAUCCACAUUUUUACUCUCAUAAAACUGUAUAGGUAAAUUCAGUCAAAAUAUGUGAUAACAAAAAUUCGGACUCUAUACAUAAUACAUCCAUUUAUUCAGUAUUAGUUAGUCUUUUAUUCAUAAGAUUUGAUACAUUAUAAUAUAUAAUUUAAUGUCUCUAUGUUCUAUUUGCUAAACAUUUUAAAUCAAAUUGGUAAUGUAAUUUAAUUAUAAGUUAUGUUAUUAAAUAUUAAUAUGAUAAACCAUUUUUAUUAUUUUAGUUUUCAAAUACAGAGGAUAUACAUUGGUGGUAAAAAAAAUAGUAAUUGAUCAAAAAUAAUGGCAGUACUCCUUGUAGGAAAAUCAGCAGUAGAAGAUAAAUCAUUUCAAAAUCAAAUUGAGUCCGUGCAUUUUGAAAUGGUCAAAAGUAAAGAAGAAACUAUUCAACUUUUACCUAAAGAAUAUAUAUGUGAUAAGUGUAAGGUUGUAUACUACAAACGUACACAAAUGGCGAGACAUUUAAAAUUGUCUUCUUGUAAAAAGAAGCCUUCAGUUACUGAUAAAGAAGUUCCUAUUAUCAGAAAAAUACCUAGUUUAUCGAAAAAUAAGCAAUCAUUUUUUCAAUAUAAACUAUAUCAAUGUAAAAUUUGUUUAAAAUCUUUUCUGAAUAAAACAAAAUUGAUUCAACACAAAAAAACUCAUAAUGGAGAAAAGCCAUUUAUUUGCAACAUUUGUAAUAGAGGUUUUUCUAGUUCUUACAGUUUAAAAAGUCAUGGAAAAACUCAUUCUGGCGAAAGGCCAUAUAAAUGUGAUAUUUGUGAGAAAGCUUUCAGUUAUUCACAUAUCCUAAUAAAUCAUAAAAGAACCCAUUCGGGAGAGAAACCAUUUAAAUGUGAAUUUUGUCAAAAAUGUUUUGCUACUUCUGGAACUUUGGUAGCUCAUAAACGUACACAUACAGGUGAACAGCCUUAUAAAUGUAAUAUGUGUGAAAAAACAUUUUCUCUAUCCAGCAGUUUAAGUUCUCACAAAAGAACACAUACUGGUGACAAGCCACAUAAAUGCAAUAUUUGUCCAAAAGCAUUUGCAAAAAGUGGCGAUUUGGAGAGGCAUACACGAACUCAUACUGGUGUAAAACCAUUUCAUUGUGAUGUCUGUGAUAAAUCAUUUACACAGUCUUCUGGCUUGAUUAUACACAAAAGAAUUCACACAGGUGAAAGGCCAUUUGAAUGUGAUACAUGCGAUCGGUCAUUUACUAAUUCAGCCAGCUUGAUAGCACACAAACGAACUCAUACAGGCGAAAUACCCCAUAUGCCUCUGCAUAUUCUCAAUACGCAGCCAGUGUCAAAUAAUCAAAAUACUAUGCAGACAAAUAAUGUAUUUUCAGAAAUACCAAUAACUUCUGCAGUAGCGCUGUGGGACACUAAUGUUCCGACAACUUCAGUUGGAGAUUUAAAUUAUAGCUGGUCUAAUUGGUUUCAAGGGGAAACAGAAUUUAGUAAUGUUAAAGAUCCUCUUGAUGGUACAGUCGAACAACCAGUAGCUUUUAUACAAUCUGAUGAUAAUGAGAGAGAAAACAUUGGCAAUGUAACUACAACAAACAGUGAAAAUACAACUUUGGUCAGCAAUGUUAUAUCAAUCAAAAAACUAGAAGGCCGGUGGCUAGAUUGUGAUGUAUGCCAUAAAACAUUUCCUUACUCUUCAAGGCAUAAAUUGAUUGAACAUCAAAGAAUACACACUCGUGAAAAACCAUUUAAAUGUCUUGUAUGUCAAAAAUCAUUUUCUCUGUCCAGUACUUUGAUUGUGCACAAAAGAAUGCAUACCGGCGAAAGACCGUUUAAAUGUAAUAUAUGUACUAAAGCGUUUGCUCAAAAAUCUAAAUUAAAUAUACACAAAAGAAUUCACACAGGUUUGAAGCCUUUUCAUUGUGAUUUAUGUCCAAAAACAUUUGCUCAUUCAUCAAAUUUGGCCGACCACAAGAAAACCCACACUCAAGAAAGACUGUAUAAAUGUGAUAUUUGCCACAAGGAGUUCACCCUUGCAAAUAGUUUACGAAAACAUAAAUUGUUACACACUGGAUACAAACCAUACAUAUGUGAAAUUUGUCAAAAAGCCUUUGCCAAGAAGGCUAGUUUGGAUCGACAUAGAGGUACGCAUGAUGGCGUACCUCAAUGGACAAAACCGUUUAUGUAUAGUAUUACAGAAAAACAAAUUAAUAAUAUAGAAAAACCAUUUAAAUGUCAUGUUUGUUUUAAAUUGUUUGCUAGUUUUAAUGGAAUGACUAGACAUACAGCAAAACACAAUGAACAAGAUCAAUUUCAAUGUGAAGUGUGUCAUAAAACAUUCACAGGUGUUUCAGUACUUACUAGACACAAACGUAUACACACUGGAGAAAAACCUUUUCAAUGUGAUUAUUGUCCUAAGGCUUUUGCUUAUUCAUCAAUACUGGUCACUCACAAACGUACUCAUACUGGUGAAAAGCCAUAUCGGUGUGAUAUUUGUCCCAAAGCGUACACACAAUCUUCUAGCUUGAUAGUUCAUAAGCGAACUCAUUGGAAUCAACUAACACUUAUUAACAACACUGAACAACCAAUGAUAUUACCACCAAUUGAACCCAAGACAAACCAAUAUGAAUUAUCAAAUGGAUCUACAACUGCAGAUGAUUACACUGAAAAUUGGUCAGAUUGGUAUCCUUCUGAACCCCAAAUGUCUCUUGUCACAAAUGAACUACCACAAAUUAUACAAAAUUCUAUUAUUGAAGCAUCACCUAUACAAAUUGUAAUGGAUCGUAUACCAGUACAAAUUUCUAAUGGCCAAAAAGUGAAAAUUGAUGUCAAAAUUAUACCACAGAAAUUUAAGUGUGCUAAAUGUAAAGAAACGUUUAAUGAGAGCAAAUCAUUAUUGAAACAUAUUAGAGAAGUACACAAGCCCAAUAUAAUUAAAACAAAAAAGACUGAUGAACAAGUGUCCACACUGAAAAGUACCACCACAAAACAUAAAAAAAUACGUGGUAAACGUCAACAAUUAGAAUGUGAUAUUUGUCAAAGGCCUUUCAACGACUCGUAUAAAUUGAAAGUGCACAGACGCACACAUACUAGAGAGAAGCCCUUUAAAUGUGAAUUUUGUGAAAAAUCAUUCAUAGACUCUUGUAAUUUAAAAGAACAUCAAAAAGUACACAUCGGUGAACAUUUUUUUGAAUGUGACAUUUGUCAAAAAUCUUUUCUGCAGUUAGGUACAUUGACCACACACAGGCGUACUCACACGGGAGAAAAACCUUACAGUUGUGAUAUUUGCCAAAUGCCGUUUGCGUUAUUGAGCAGCAUGAAGACACAUAUUCGACGAGCGCAUACAGGUGAAAAACCGCAUAAAUGUGACUUUUGUCAAAAAGCAUUUGUAAAGCGUAACGACAUGAUUCGCCAUCGAAGAACACAUACUGGAGAACGUCCGUUUGUAUGUGAAAUAUGUCAACAAUCCUUCACUCAAUCAUAUGUUCUAGUUUUACAUAAGAGAAACCAUCAUUCAGGUGAUAAACUUUUUACAGAUGGAAAAUAUAGUAUUGUACCUCCUAAAGAAAAACUAUUUAAAUGUGAUGAAUGCUUUAAAUUGUUUGGUAGUCAGUCAAUGUUAAAUACACAUAAACGGACUCAUAGGUGUGAAAAAUCAUUUCACUGUAAAAUAUGUCAGAUAUCCUUUACCCAAUUGUCAGGUCUUAUUGCUCAUAAAACUACUCAUCAUCCUGUGGACAAAUUGUUUGAACAAAACGUCAUUGACCCACCACAGCAACUUAUCACUUCCACAAAUAUCAUUUACACACACAGAAAACUUCAAUACACUGGUGAUAUACCGUGUGAAUGUAGUGUUUGUCAGUCAUCACCUAACCUACCAUCCACUACAAAUACACACUUUAAUCAAUCUGUGAUGCCUGACAGUAACAUGUAUUAUGUAUAACUGUUAAUUAUCUAUUUUAAAAUCAAGUAGUAGUGUAUUGUAAUUAUAAAUUAUUAUAGUAUUGUUUGAACUUAUUGUCAUUCUCUUUUUUAAUAAAUAAAUAAAAAUUAAAAUAAAUUAAAUUUGUCAUUUUACUAUAUCAUGAAAUCUGCUAUAUGGAUUAUUAUUAAUCAAUAUCAUUAAAAAAAAAACCUUAAAAGACAUUUCACAUAUAUAUCCAAACAUUCAAAACUAUAAUAAUGUUUACAAAAACUCUGAAAUACAUACAUAAAUUGUAAGUGUUAUAAAACUAAUUCUAUACAAAUAUUUGAAGAAAGAAAAUGUUUAUUAAAUUCUCAGGAAUAGUUAAAAAUUUAUAAACACAUAAUGAAUUAUUUAAAAUAUUUAUAAAAUUUAGCAAGUGUAAUUUAAUAUAAGUUAGUUAUAAUUUUGUGUGUCUGGAAAACACUAAUUUCAAGUGUAUAAUUUUAAUUUACAUAUGAUAAUUUAUGAGAGAACCAUAAAAUAACAAUUUACAAAGGGUAGAACAAAUUUAAAAAGUAUCGCUUUAUGUCUAUUUAGGUGAAAAAUAAGUUUGUAAUCUCAUUGAAUAAACUUUAAUUGUCUUAUAUACUCCGUGCCACGAGAGAGUGCGACUAGGCGGCGACCAAAACGUGUUCAUUACAGCACAUUCCCACCACAUUUCUGUCAAGGUUGCCUACCGUCGGUAUGUGUCGAUCGCCGUCGUACCGUUUGUCGAACAACGUGGUUGUAAUAUACAGAGCGGUUACUGGUGUCAUCUUAUUUAUUGUUUACAUGAUUGUUCUUCAGUGCCGUUCAACGUGUUACGUGUAUCUAAUACGGUUUUGAAAUUUUUUUUUUCAUUUUAAAUAGACAUUAAGACGAGUUAUUUAACUAUUUAUAAUGGCCGAUAUUUCACCUGUCAAAAGGAAUCCUUUUGGAAAAGUAAAUAUUUAUAAUAAAUAAUAUACUAACAUUUUUUUGUUCUAUGCUAAAUGCCCAAUUAGCAAUAUAUAUUGCUAAUUCUUCGUAUUUUUUUUUUAAGUUCGUUGGUACUCGACAAAAAGAAAUUAUUGUUAAUUUCUACAAAAAUUUAAUGUUGGAGCAAGAGAAUAUAGAAGCUAGUCAAAAAAUGAAAUAUAAGGACAUCGUCAAAACAAUUUCAAAGACGAGUGGUCUUGGACAAAAAAACAGUGGAACGUACGCUAACAGAAUACAAAAGUAAAGGUAGUUUCAUCGCUAAAUAAAAAAAAAAAAUUGGAAGACAGUGAUGGACAAAACCGACGAUUUUGUCCAAAACGCCAUUAGGCUGAAAGUUCAUAGUUUUUGGUUUAAUCGAGAAAUACCUACUUUGAAUAAAAUGUUAGUGGCUGUAAAUGACGAUGAGAAUUUGCUAAAUUUUUCGAAGACAUCCUUACGCAGGAUUUUAAAACAUCUAAAUUUUGAAUAUUUGAAAAAAAAAUCGUAAUAGUGCACUUAUUGAACGAAACGAUAUCGUGUGUUGGCGUCGUAAAUAUUUUCAAUCUAUAAAACAUUAUAGGCUAAGUGGUAGACCAAUAUACUAUCUUAACGAAACCUGGGUCAAUGCAGGUGAAACAAACACAAAGGCAUGGGUCGACACAACAAUACAUUAGCCCAGAGACGCAUUCCUUCGAGGAGUCACUACUGGGCAAAAAGAACAUUCAGGGAAGGGGAAACGAUUAAUUGUGUUACACAAUUGGGUCAUCUGAUGGGUUCGUCCCUGGCGGUCUUUUAUCUUUUGAGUCAAAGAAAAAUUGACUAUCACUAUGAGAUGAAUGGGGACACGUUUUACGACUGGUUCACCGAAAUCCUACCAUCUCUAAAAGACAACGCCGUAAUAGUGAUGGAUAAUGCUUCAUACCAUUCGGUAAAAAUAUAUUCAUUUCCAACCAUAUCUUGGACAAAACAAAAAAUUAUAGAUUGGUAAGAAAAAGAAGGUGAAAUAAUUCAGCCAUCGUUGGUUAAAUCUGAGCUUUUGGAACUAGCCAUUAAGUAUAAACCGCUACAUCACAAGUAUGUGAUAGAUGAAGUAGCAAAAAAAAAAUAAUAAAAUAGUUCUACGGUUGCCUCCCUGCCACUGUGAGCUGAACCCUAUAGAGCUUGCUUGGGCCUGGAUAAAAAAUUAUGUACGUAUGAACAAUAAGACAUUUAAACUACAAGAUGUGCAUAACUUAUUAAAAGAUGCUGUGGAACAAGUAACGAGCGAAAUGUGGACAAAUUUUGUUGGUCACGUAAUAAAAGAAGAGGACAAAUUCUGGAGAGUUGAUCAUCUGUCUGACGAAAUUUUGGAUGCCGAAACAGGAGAGCACACAUUAACAAUAACAGGCUACACUACUUCAGAUUCCGAAGACGACGAAAACAUUUAAAUUAUUAAUUUAUGUAUAUUUUCUAAUUUAAAUUACAUGUGAUAAAAUAUAAUAUAAUACUUUUAUUAUAUAGUAUUUAGAUUUAAUAAUAAAAACGUAAUAAUCAAAAUAAAUUAUACUUAUUUAAUAAAAAAACUCCUCUACUGAUAUUAUGUUAUACUAUAUAAUGGUUAGUUGCGGUAAUAUUUGUGGUGUUACUUGAGCCGCUGUAUACAGACAGCGGUCGCCACAUGGUGGGGAAAGUUUGGGUUCUGGGUGUCGGAGUUAAUCAUUUGCAAUGCGCGUGGCGCUCGCACUCUCUCGUGGCACAGAGUAUAGUAGUUAAAUUAGUUAAAACUGAGGAUAACAUUUAAAUUUACCCAGAAUUUAUUUUAGUUUCCUAAAAUGUAAUAAUUAAAUUAAUCAUUAAUGUGUUUUUCAAUAUUUAUAUAUAUAUAUAUAUAGGUAUAUAAUAAUUAAUAUAGUUUAAUAUGUAUAAAUACUUAACUAAAAAAAUAUCUAAUUUAAUUACAAUUGGAAUCUUUAUAAGUGUAUGGUGUACAUAAUAUUGUAGUAUAGGCACAAUAAUUAUAAAACUAUAGAUUAAAUAUUUUCAAAUUAAAGCACUCGCAAGUUAUAUUUUUACAAUAAAAAUAAUUUAUUGUAUAAGAAUAUUAAUAACUAUUAAAAAUCACAAUUUAAAAAUUAACCUUAUGAAGAAAAAUGUUUUAUAUAAUUUAAUAUUUAAUAAAACAUUUUAUUCGAUACUAAAUUCAUAAGAAAAAUAUUUGUGAGAAAUUGAAUUUUUAGUGCUUAGUUUAAUGUAAAUUCUGUACUUAAGUGAUCAAGAUUGCAUGAUUAUAAUAAAUAUCAAAGUACGAGAGAGAUAAUAAAAACAAAAUUAUUUUGUUGCUGCUUCACGUUCUUCCCGAGAACGUUUUUCUUCAUUAGCUAAACGAGUUUCUUCCUCCAAUAUCUCAUCAAAGUUCUGCAUUGAGUUCGAUCGUGAUGCUACUUUAGUCUAAAAAUU